UUCUCUUUCUCUUCGUCUACUUAGAUAACAAAAAACCUCGGAGCUCCUUUUCAGUUCUCGGGUCACCCGAUAACCCGAAUUCUCGACCCGGUUUCGUCUCUGUUCUCAUUUUUUCAAAUUUCAGAGGGUUUUUGAUUUUGGAGAUUUUCUCAGUGAAGUUUAUUACAGAACCAGAUUCGAAGAAGAAGACAUUUCAGGUCUGAAAAGGCAGAGAACAACAACACAAAAAAAGAGACCAAAGAUGUUUUCUUGCAUAGCUUGUACCAAAGCAGACGGAGGUGAAGAAGUCGAAAAUGGAGCGCGUGGAGGCACCACUCCCAAUACUAAAGAAGCCGUCAAAAGCCUAACCAUUCAGAUUAAAGAUAUGGCUUUGAAAUUCUCUGGUGCUUAUAAACAAUGCAAGCCAUGUACUGGUUCCUCUAGUAGUCCUAUGAAGAAAGGACAUCAUAGAUCGUUUCCGGAUUAUGACAAUGCUUCUGAAGGUGUUCCAUACCCUUACAUGGGUGGAAGUGCGGGUUCAACUCCUGCUUGGGACUUCACAAACUCCUCUCACCAUCCAGCUGGACGGUUAGAAUCAAAGUUCACCUCAAUAUAUGGAAAUGAUCGAGAAUCUAUCUCUGCACAGUCUUGUGAUGUGGUACUGGAUGAUGAAGUGCCAAAAGAGUGGAUGGCUCAAGUAGAACCCGGUGUUCAUAUCACAUUCGCUUCGCUUCCCACUGGAGGAAAUGAUCUCAAACGGAUCCGUUUCAGCCGGGAGAUGUUUGAUAAAUGGCAAGCUCAACGAUGGUGGGGUGAGAACUAUGACAAGAUCGUUGAGCUUUACAAUGUACAGAGAUUUAACCGCCAAGCCCUUCAAACACCUGCACGAUCCGAAGAUCAGUCACAGAGAGAUUCAACGUACUCAAAGAUGGAUUCAGCGAGAGAAAGCAAAGACUGGACUCCAAGACACAACAACUUCAGAACUCCAGGAAGUGUCCCGCAUCACUUUUAUGGCGGCUCUAGCAACUAUGGACCAGGAAGUUAUCAUGGAGGACCACCAAUGGAUGCGGCAAGAACCACCACUUCUUCCAGAGAUGAUCCACCCUCCAUGAGCAAUGCUAGUGAAAUGCAAGCUGAGUGGAUCGAAGAGGACGAGCCCGGGGUUUACAUUACCAUCAGACAAUUAGCUGAUGGGACUAGAGAGCUACGGCGAGUCAGAUUCAGCCGGGAAAGAUUUGGGGAAGUCACCAUAGUUCCAUCAAUGGCUGAGAUUUCUGAUAUUACUACUCAGGCUCAAACCGUUGUCUUGAACAUCGAUCGAUCAAUUGAUGAUUCCCGGUCGUCGGAUUUAUCCGGUCCUCUUGUGUCCGUAUCGUUUGUUCAAAAGUUGAUUGGAGAGUUCGUGGGAACAUUCUCUAUGAUAUUUGCCGGUUGUUCGGCCAUCGUGGUAAAUGAGACGUACGGAAAACCGGUGACACUUCCCGGUAUAGCUUUGGUAUGGGGACUAACCGUAACGGUUAUGAUCUACUCAAUUGGUCAUGUCUCCGGUGCACAUUUCAACCCUGCUGUUUCCAUUGCUUUUGCCUCUUCUAAAAAGUUCCCUUUUAAUCAGGUUCCAGGGUAUAUAGCCGCUCAAGUUCUCGGAUCGACCUUAGCUGCUGCAGCUUUACGGCUUGUGUUCCAUCUGAAUGAUGAUGUUUGUAGCCUCAAAGGCGAUGUUUACGUUGGAACAUAUCCAUCAAACUCAACCACAACGUCGUUUGUAAUGGAGUUCAUUGCUACUUUCAAUCUAAUGUUUGUUAUAUCUGCUGUCGCUACCGAUAAACGAGCCACGGGGUCACUCGCUGGAAUCGCUAUUGGUGCAACCGUAGUACUCGACAUCCUUUUCUCCGGGUAACUAAUUAUUCUUAUAAGUCUCUUUUAAAAAUAUUUCAUGGUUAGUUUGUUUACACGUAUGAUAAAAAAUGUUCUAUUUU